AUGUGGUGUCGGGAAAGGAUGCUGAGAGUGAGUUGGAUAGAACAUCGUACCAACGAAAGCAUACUCAGUGAAAUAGAUGAAAGCAGAGAGAUUCUCAAAACCAUCAGAGCAAGACGAUGGAACAUGAUUGGGCACAUAUUGAGGCACNCAUUAUAUGGCUGCGAAACAUGGAUUCUGAAUAAGGCAGAACAACGAACACUCGAAAGCUUUGAAAUGUGGUGUUGGAGAAGGAUGCUGAGAGUGAGUUGGAUAGAACACCGUACCAACGAAAGCAUACUCAGUGAAAUAGAUAAAAGCAGAGAGACUCUCAAAACCAUCAGAGCAAGACGAUGGAACAUGAUUGGGCACAUAUUGAGGCACGAAAAUGAGCUAAUCUACAGAAUAAUAGAAGGGAAAAUGGAAGGCAAAAGAGGCCAAGGGCUUCCAAGAACUUCAUUUUUCAAACAAAUGAUUUUCGAUGCUAGACUAUCAAGCUACGCCGAACUGAAGAGGUUAGCUGGGAACAGGGAAGAGUGGAGAGCGCAUGUCCAACUGCAAAACCAACCUUAA